UACGUAAACUGCGUAUGAUCAAGAACGCGCAAACCAGGGCGGAUGUUACGUAAUCUCCGUAAAUUUGGUUUGGUAUUUAUGGCGAGAAGCGACAUUUCUCAGUAGCUUGAUUUCUCUUGAUCAUUCUUUGGGACAUUAGGCACUGACCGAAGCAGAUAUUUGCACAAACAGCACCAGUGAAGUUAUAAAGAUGGGCAUUCUCUCCCUCUUGGUCAGGGCAUCUUUCCUUGCUCUGUGUGUUCUUGGCCAAACCACAGACAUGGAAGAGCUUGCCACCAGGAACGCAGACUUUUCUACCCGGCUUUACAGCAAGAUCGCAAGCUCAAGUGAUGACAAUGUAGUGAUUUCAACCUUGGGGGCUACCUUGGGCCUAGCCACAUUAGCCGCAGGGGCUGGUGGGCCUUCUCGCACCGAGUUGCUACAGGGUAUAGGUGUGGCCUCAAUGGAGAAAGAUGAAGAGCCAGAAAGGAUUAAAAACCUUCUCCAACAGCUGAGGGAGACCAUGCCUCAGCUCCAGGCCACUGGCCUUUUCUUGAGCCAGCAGAUCCAGGCAGAGGCCAAUUUCAGCAACCAGGUUAAGCAGUUUUAUGGUGCAGAUGUUCAAAAUGUGAAUUAUGCCAAUGCACAGGCAGUCAAGGGGAGUAUCAAUGACUUUGUAAGAGGCCAAACAGGGGAAAAGGUCAAAGAUGUGGUGGACAAUGUAGACCCACAAAGCAUGGCAAUGUUAAUCAGCGCAGCUUUCUUCACAGGCCAGUGGCAGCAACCCUUCAAUGUGAGCUUCACCCAAGAGGAGCGUUUCUAUGUGAACAAGUAUAACAUUGUGCAAGUGCCCAUGAUGCUCCGUUCAGAUAAAUACUACCUGGCUUAUGACCCCACACUAAAAGUUGGCAUUCUGAAACUGGCCUGUGCAGAGGGCAUUGCCAUGCUAGUCCUUCUUCCAGAUGAAGAUGUGGAUUACACCCACAUUGAUGAAGCCUUCACUGGUGAUGUAUUCCGUGGAUGGGUUGCAAAGCUGAAAAAGACGAAGUUGGAGGUUCAGUUGCCCAGAUUUUUACUGAAGCAGUCUAACUCACUAAGUAAGAGCCUGCCCAGUCUGGGCAUUAAAGAGAUUUUCGAGAACAGUGCAGACCUGUCUGGAAUCAGCAAUGUAGAAGGCCUGAAACUGUCAGAGGUUCUACAGAAGGUCACAUUGGAGGUGGAUGAGACGGGAGGGUCAGUGGAAGAUGCCUCUAGCAAUCUCUUCAUGGCCACUCUUCCUCCCAGGCUUACCUUCAACAGACCCUUCCUUUUCGUCGUCUACCAUGAGUCCACAAAAUACAUACUCUACAUAGGACGAGUGGUUGACCCAACCAAGAAUUAAUCAUGUAUAGAAAAACUAACAAUCAGGAUUACAGUGUACUUCUUACACAUACAAUUUCCAGUUUGCUUUAUAACCCACUUAUUAAAUUGAAUUUGAUGUUUAUUGACACUAAGUUAACUGGGUAGUUUUCUUUAAAAUGUGCACUUAGUAAUAUUCGUGUUUAUGUUGUACUGAAACUUAAACGUGUGAAAGCAUUUUCCCAUUUUCUCAAGUUGUCAUUUACCAUUGUGCCAUUGUAGAAACAUGUUUUGCAAGUGAAACCGCCAUAUUUCUGGGGAUUAUCCAGCAAUAUUCGUCUCGUCAUAAGAUCUCUGCAUAGCAUGGCUUGUGAAUGUGUGCGCAGCACCAUAUGUAGAAUAAAGCAUCUUUUUCUGUAAAACUAGUCUUCAUCUAAUGUGAGUGUACAUCAUUUUCAAAAUAAAAAAUACUAUUCUAAACAA